GUGCCUGCGACAGCAUCUCCAGCACCUCCCCUGGCUCCUCACCUUGCUGGCCCGGUACAGGUACAUGGGGGCCUCUGGCACCCUGAGGCACAGCCCGAUGGAGCCCUGUGUGGUGGAGAUGUUGAUGAGAGCGGCCCUGCUGCAGCUCAGAUGCUCCUUCUCCUGGCUGCCUGCUCCAUGAGUGGCAGAAAUUCCUGCUGCAAGGACGCAGAUGCUGCAUGAAGAUGUGGCAAGCCUGCAGUUUGUGUCUUGCUGGAGUGCAGUGCCAGCAGGUGGUGAUGUGCUGGCCAUGCAGGUGCCCAUUAUUCUGUCAGGAGACUGGACCCAUGGGUUUGCUUCCCUCCAUGGGAGCUUUAUUUCACUUGACAAUCAGGGAAUGGGCAUUGGCUUGGAGGAGGCAAGAUCAAGACAAGAGAUGUGUUCUCGUGCCCAUGUGGGGAAUGUCCUGGCUCAGGGGACCAGGGCAGGGGCAUGAGAUCAGCCUGUUCCCAGUGUUGUGUGGGUCUGAUGUGGAAAGCCCUUCUUGUGAAGGUGUCCAGCCCAUGGGAGCCAUGGAGCUUCCCACAUCCCUUCCACGUGCUGCUCCUUUCGUCCUCAUCCAGAUCAUCUUCUCCUGGCUCAUGGCAGCACGUUUGCCAAGGACAGCAGAAUUUGCCUGGAGCCACCAAGGGUUUUUUGCCCUUUGGAAACAAGGACUGGCUUCCUGCCCUUUGGAAACAAGGACUGGCUUCCAGACAGGAUAUUUUUUCAGGGGUUUAAAGGUCAGGAGCUCUUGCUCCUCCCCGAUCCAUGGGUUGGUGUAAACCCUGAGUGGGCGGUGUGUAUGUUGAAAAUGCAAUAAGGAAGAAUUAGGGAGCAGAGCAAACAGUGAGAGCUGGAGCAGAGGAGGACAAGCAGCAUGGCAGAGCUCAGUGUCCGCUCCGUUCUGGUCACUGGGGCCAACCGAGGCCUCGGCCUGGGACUCGUCCAGCAUUUCCUGAGGAUGCCAAAACCACCACAGUGGAUCUUUGCAGGCUGCCGGGACCCCAAAGGACAGAGAGCACAGGAGUUACAGAAUUUGGCCUCCAAGCACCCCAACAUCAUCAUCAUCCCGCUCGAAGUUGCCGACCCCACCAGCAUCAAGGCAGCUGCAGCCAAGGUUGGGGAGCACCUGGGGGACUCUGGGCUCAACCUCCUCAUCAACAAUGCUGGAAUUCUGAAAACGAACACACUUGAUGCUGAGACACUGGAGGACAUGAGUGAGGUUUACACCACCAACACCAUUGGUCCCCUGCUGAUGGGCCAGGCAUUUCUGCCCUUGCUGAAGAAGGCUGCCCAGGGGAGCCCAGGCUCAGGGCUGAGCUGCAGCAAGGCUGCCAUCAUCAACAUAUCCAGCACUGGUGGCUCCAUUGGUGCUUUACUGACUUGGAAUAGGAUUCAAGCCACCUCGUACCGCUGCAGCAAGGCUGCUCUGAACAUGCUGAGCAAGUGCCAGUCCCUGGCGUACAAGGAGCACGGCAUCCUCUGCGUCGCUCUCCACCCUGGCUGGGUGCAAACAGAUUUGGGCUCUGCUGUUGGAAAGCCCCCUGUGACAGUGGAUGACAGCGUGCAAGGAAUGCUGAAGGUCCUCUCCUCCCUCUCUGAGAAGGACACAGGCACCUUCCUGGACUGGGAAGGCAAGGUCAUACCCUGGUGAGAUACCACUUCAGGAUCCUGGUGCCCAAAAAGUGCCUUGGGCCCUGCUCCCAUAUUUUCUACAUCCUCAAUAAACUCCUGCUGAGACCCCCA